UGCAUUAUGGGUGUUCGGUACUUUCCCAAACUUUCAAGAUGGCGUCAUCCUGGAUGUAAACAAACCAGUUUUACACCGAAACUGCCCCGUCAGAGUUUCUGUUCCGCUUUCUGGGGCUCGCAAAAGGUUUGAGAUGAGUCGAUCGUUCACUGUGCGGCCUACGAACGCUAAACAACAGCGUCCGGGUAUGGAAGGGGCGAGUCCUGGCCGCGGUGUGGGGAGAGGAAGGGGGAGGGGGGCGCCUGGUAACCAGGGACCGAGCUACCGAGACAUAGGACAGGGGGCCAGACCGAGGGACAGAACUGUGUCCGGAGGAACUGGACACCAGGAGGCUACUGGUCAGCAGACUGAGGGAAAUGGCAACGCAAUACCCGACGAAAGGUUCAAAAGAGGAGACGGCUACACCUUGGUGGUACCAAAUGAGAAGAAAAGGCAGAGUGUCUUAAAACAAGGACAGAAAGAACUGGAAGCCUACCAGAAGCACAAAGAGAGCAGAAGACCUGCAAACUUCUCGUAUGUUGGUACUGUAGGUGGACCAAACAUACCUGAAGAUGAAGUCAGGAGACAACAAGCACAGGAGGACAGGAGGCAGAAGAUGAACAUGAGGGACAAGAGAGAACAAUAUAGACAAACCCAGAAACAACAGGAAGAUAAACAAAUACAGAUGAAAAAGGACUACUACAGAGGACAGGCUCAGAAGAAAGAAGUAAGACAAAAGAAAGAGACCAAGGAAAGAGAAAAGAAGUGGGCAGAAGACCACAGACAAAAGAAUCAGGCUUUUCUGGAUAGACUGGAGGCACAACAGAAGGGAGGGAGACCCCAUGCAGGUGUCAGGAGUACUGCAGGUGGCAGCCAUGACAGAAAGGAAGUAGUCGAAGAGGAGCAGGAGGAGGGAGCUUUUGAGGGGGAGGAAAAUCCACUUGCAGAACUACGUGACCUUUACCCCAAUUAUGACAUACAGAUGUUGUCAGAAAUCCUACAAAGCACUGAUGGUGACUUAGAUGAAGCUAUUGCCUUACUUAAAGUUUAGUGUAUUGAUAUCACGGUCAAAACAGGAAAUAACAGAACAGAAUGUUGUCUUCUAGUGCUAUUGUUUACACUGUGCAGCAAUAUCCUUCAUAGAGAUGGAUUAAUUUGGUUUAAACAUUUAAGGACCUUUCAAGUGGCUUUUAUAGUGCAUAGAAAAACAAUAUUUGGCAAGUGUAAGGAGGUGGAUAGAACUGGAACUUUGUGCAAGUGCCUCAA